GAGGAGACGCAUCAUUUGAGCGGCGGUGAAAGCCACAUCUCCUAGUUGCAGUGAAGGCAGCGCGGCGCAGCGUUUUUAACCGUAAGCCUGUUCUUGUAAAGCGACAUCAUGUGGAUAUACAAGCUUCUUUUCGGACUCCUGGUAGUUCUGUGCGCCGAGGGGAAGAGAAAUGCUCUCCAAGACUACCAGAAAUCUGAGGGCAUCCAGCUGACUGUUGCCCCUGGCUCUGCCUUUCUGACCAAAAGCAGGAAGCUCAGCAUAUCCAAGUGUGCCAAAUCCUGCAGCCGCAACAGGAGACUCCCAUUCGCCUGCAGAGCCUUCCACUUUGAUCAUAUAAAUGGAAAAUGCCAAUGGCUGUCAUUUGACAGGAAUGCACCAGGAGCUCAGAUCUAUCAGAAUCCAAACUACGAACUCUAUCAAAAGAAAGACUAUGUGAGAGAGUGCAUCUUAGGGACAGGUCAGAGUUACAGGGGUCGAAGGUCGGUGACAGUCAACGGGAUCCUGUGCCAGGCCUGGGCCUCCCCCAUUCCACAUGAACACAAAUUCAUGUCUAAGAAGUUCAAGAAGAGCGACCUCAGAGAAAACUACUGCCGCAACCCAGACAACUCAACUGUUGGUCCAUGGUGUUUUACCACUGAUCCUAGACCACAACUCAGACACCAGGAGUGCGGAAUACCACAGUGCUCUGAAGUUGAGUGCAUAAACUGCAAUGGGGAAGAUUACAGAGGACCUAUGGACCACACAGAAAGUGGAAAAGAAUGCCAGCGGUGGGACCUGGAUGAACCACACAAACACCUGUUCCACCCAAAGAGGUACCCCGACAAAGGCCUCGACGACAAUUACUGUAGGAACCCAAAUGGACGUCACAGACCAUGGUGCUUCACCACUGACCCAAACACACCCUGGGAGUACUGCACAAUCAAAGUCUGUGAGACACCCCCUGAUAGCAACGUGGUAGAAACAACCGAGUGUUUCCAAGGCAAAGGAGAGGGUUACAGAGGGGUGGUAGACAUGACACCCACUGGACUCACCUGUCAGCGCUGGGAUUCCCAGUAUCCCCACAAUCACUCUUUCAUACCUGAAGCAUACCGAUGCAAGGACCUGAGAGAGAACUACUGCCGGAAUCCCGAUGGCCAGGAUUUCCCAUGGUGCUUCACUACAGACCCAAGAGUCCGGACAAUGUUCUGCACCAACAUUCCUCAAUGCGGCACCCAAAACAGACUUGCCAAUGAAUGCUAUGAAAGCCUUGGCGAGAAUUACAGAGGACAGCAGUCAAGGACGAGAUCAAACCUGCCCUGUGGUCCCUGGAGAGAACACAGCAACAGUGGUGAACGGGGUAUGCUAAUGGUAGGAUUGGAGGGAAACUACUGCAGAAAUCCUGAUGGGGACAAACACGGUCCUUGGUGUUACACCAACAAUUCUGCCAUUUCGUGGGACUACUGCAGUAUAAAACCAUGUGAUGCUUCACAGAACACAAUUCCACAGGAUGGGUUACCCUCACUGGGAUGUUUUGUUCAUAAAACAACAAGGAUUGUAGGAGGAGGACCUGUUGGAAUUUCUGAAGGCAGCUGGAUGGUCAGCAUACACAAAGGGUCCGCUCACUGGUGCGGUGGUUCCCUUAUACGAGACGAAUGGGUACUAACUGACAGACAGUGCUUCUCCUCCUGUGUCCCAGACCUAAGUGAAUAUCGGGUGUGGCUGGGAGUCUCUGACAUUCGAGAGGGUGCUUUUGACUUGUCCAAGAGACAGGAAGUCAGCAUAGCUCAUGUGAUAUGUGGCCCCAACAACUCCAGCUUAGCCCUUUUAAGACUUUCUAAACCUGCCCUUCCUGCAGAAAAUGUCCAUACGAUCCAAUUACCUGUGGCUGGAUGCUCCAUCCCAGAGGGAACAGUAUGUAAGAUGUAUGGAUGGGGAGAGACCAAAGGCACUGGCCACGAUGAUGCUCUGAAAGCAGUCAGUCUGCCCAUUGUCAGUACAAACAGAUGCAGAGAAAUGCACAAAGGAAACCUUCACAUCACCAACGCCAAGAUCUGUGCCGGUGGGAGGAAAAAUGAGGGAGUGUGCGAGAGGGAUUACGGCGGCCCUCUUGUUUGUCAGGAUGGGGACUUCAGAGUUAUUGUUGGUGUAAGUGUGCACGGCAGAGGCUGUGCUCGGGCAAACCAGCCCAGCAUCUUCAUCAACGUGCCCUUCUACACACAGUGGAUCUACAAAGUCUUCAAAUAUUACCCAAACCCUGAAGCUUUUUAGAGCCUCAAAGAAAAGACAUUGCAGUGAGGGGGGCUGCAUUAAAAUUAGUGGCUGUAUUCUUAAACUCCAGUUAUGCAUUCAGAGUCUGACUUCUGUGUUUUGCAUACUUUGCAAUCUGCAGCUGAAGAAGCAAGUCUGAGGGUGCGCUUUCAGUUUGAUUGAGGAUUUAAAAUCAUCAGCAAAUACCACACACUAUAGAAGUCAUCAAAUGCAAUUAAAAUCAUGAAAAAAGGGUGAUGUAGAGAAGUACAGAGUAAAUUAAUUAUUUCAAAAGGUAUAUAUCCUGGUAAAAACAAAAAAAGAUGACCCCUGUCCCAAACGGUCAUGUUAAAAAUAACUUUACCUUUAAAAGUGCAUAGAAGCUGUGGAUAAGCCUCUGCUUGCGCCUCCACUCUCUGUUUUCCAUAGGUUUUGAGGCAUUAUAGACUCAUGUUAAACCAUAUUCUGUGAUAACAUGCCACAUCUUUAUAGCCUUUUUUUCUAAAUACAGGAUGGGAAUUCCGUAUGCUCCGCAAUACAUGCAAUUCCUCACUACUCACUGCAAAAAAAAUUAAGAAUACAAUGAAAGAUGUGCUUGUUGGGAAAAAAAAAAGGGUUUUGGUGCAUUCAUGUUGUGCUCAAACCUGCAGCACAACAAACCUACAUUUGGUAAAAUUUAAAAGAUGCAAAAAAAAAAAAAAGAUUUAAAAAAAACACUGACAAUAAAAAAAGAACUACUCUCACAUUCUCAACCA